CUUGCCGCGCCAUUUGUUGUACUGGAGAAAAAAAGCCGACACGUUCUUUGUCAGUAUGAUGAACAGUGGGAAAACGCUUGUGAAAUUUUCAACUCGAAGCAUUCAGUCCGUUGUGCGAUUGGUGGAAGGGUAUCUGGGUCACCUUGUUCAUAACAUUUUGUUCAUAGGACAAUCAAUUGGCGGCUUACAUACAAGAAACCAAACUGUUUCUAUACUGGCAAAAGUUUGGGACCAGUGUGUGUUAUCCUCUAACCGCGUCAACGUCAAAUCGUUCUCGGAAGUCCUUCACAUGUGUCGCAGUCCAUCCAACCGAAUUUAUUGUCGCCACUGCAAACUCCUUCGGCGAGAUCUUCGUUUGGUACAACCUCGCCUCUAUCACGGCUAACUUGGACCACGAAAAUCACCUUGAUGUCAUGGAUGAUCUGGGAGACUCUUUGGAAAAUGGUGGAUUAAUGGAAGAAGCAGAGACGUCGUUUGAACGAUUGCGGCAAGCUGUCCGGACGGCAGUAGAUGCGGGAAAACUGAUCGACUACUACCCCGUCCAUCCUGCCAAUAUCAAGCGGAACCUUGUGCACUGGCAUUCGACUGAAGUCACAACCCUGGCGUUUACCCCGACUGGGAGUCAUCUCUUAUCCGGAGGGCUCGAAGGUGUUUUGGUCAAAUGGGACAUGACGGAUUGUCUUGGUGGCCCUCAACAUCGCCGCUUUCUACCACAUCUAGGUUCGCCUCUUGUUCAGGUGAACUGCCCUGGAGGACCGGCUGAAGACGCUGUUGUGGUCACUCUGGAACACAACACGUUCCAUAUUCUCUCCGGCGCUUUCGAACCCAUCUAUACACAUACUGGAUUUGUGGAAAUGCCAAGACAUUGGCUGAAUCAACUCAAGAAUGAAGUUCCGACCAAUAUGAUCAUCUUGCCGAAACAACACCAGUCCACGUGUCUUCAAUCUACCGAUAAUAUGAUACUUACCAAUGGUGCAAUGGGUAGUCUUCAGUUGUUGGAUCUCAGUGGUUCGGACAUGAAUGUGACCAAAAUUGAUGUCACACGGCAGACGAUUGUGCCUCGCGACAAAGAUCGAAAGCUUCCGGUUGCAUUUUCGGAAGUAAUGCUACUGGCCCACACUCCUACGGCAAAUGGGUUUCACUGGGUGGUUACCUACGAGAGAGUGAACACCGGUCAAGUGGAUGAUGAAGCACGCCUAACAUGGUGGAAGUAUCUUGAGGGUUUAUCGUCCGGUGAGAAGCCUCAGUCGCCAAGACUUGAGCCGGUGCAGACCACGAGCCUGUCCCAUCUCAACUGCCCAGUGACCGACAUGGACUUUGUGUGGACACCCGAACUCAGGUUCUAUGUCAUGAUGCCGGAUCACCGAUUCUUCAUCUAUCACCUUCAGUCAGAUCCAGCAUAUCCGGCAGAUCCGCAACACUGGACCAUCUUAACGUCUCACUUCUUGGGACCUGAAAACGCUGAAUCGAAUCCGUUGUUAACUCCAGCCUUCUCGACGAGUAUCAGAAUAACGGGUGAGACAACGGCUGACGGUACGGCACAUAACAUGGACCGGCAGUUACAACUAAACACUGUUGAAGGUCGUGCAACUUUGUACCGCUGGUCUGACCUAGUGGAUAAAACCUUCCCUUGGCCGAUAGCCGAGCUAAACCUGGUCCACUCGAGAAAGACCAUGAACAAUAAGCUUGGCAUCCCCAGCUGCUUCGUUUCCAAACCAACUUUACUACACAUUGACGGGGCUUCCACCUACGAACAAUACCUGGUUGCAGGUAUCGGUGCCCAUCAUUUGGCAGAUGAGUCCGCCAAGAAGUCAGACCAUUUCCAACUAUGUUUCGUUCGGGUCAGUCUGCAAGGAGACGACUAUAGCAUGGAGUUGAUUUCAGGUGCUUCUGAUAUCCCAGUCAGGUGUGUUAGCGCACAUCAUUGGCAACCACUACUGUGCGUCGGUUCAGCCAAUGGCGAAGCAAUUCUGUUUAUCACAUCCAUUGUGAAGGGAGGCCGUCGUCUACAGAUGGACCCUGUUCAGACUUUUUCGGAUGUACCCUCCCAUCCCUUGUUAGAUCGGACGUCCUUUCGCAAUGACAAAACGAGUCAUAAACCCACUACUUGUUUUCUAGCAUUGGAGUUUGUCAACCAUUCAUCAUUGUCUCAAGGAGAUCUGGCUAUUGUCGGAUUGAUUGAAACUCUGGUUGGUCGCGAACGAGGGAGACGCGACCUGGUUGUCUACGGACUAUCAACCGUUACACUCCAACCGACUGAGCAGUUGGAGCUGCUGCUUCCUCCCAAAACUCACAAAGAGAAUCUACUCAAAUCCGUCUCUCCCAGACAAUAUCGGCCGGAUCAACGCAUAAGUCGAAAACGGCCAGCAGACGUGUCUGAUAAACAAUUCGAAAAUGCACUUCGCCAAGUCAGUCAAUAUCCUGUACACACUGCCCCAGCCCCGGAACAACUCCUGCGCCAAUUGAUGGAAAUGGAAAAACCUACAUGACGCGUUUCAGUUGCUUCUAUUUUCCCACUGUAAACAAAAUAUCGAAUAAUACUUGUGUGCGCA